AUGCGUGCGAGUGUCGAGCUCCUCGCUCUCGCCCUGCUUGGCUCUGCGCCUAGGAUUGCGGCAUCGCCUGCAACCCAGAAGUCGAGCAACGGCUUCUCCUACAUCAACCCGCUGAUCGGAACCGCCAACGGUGGCAACGUCUUUGCUGGAGCAACGCUCCCCUACGGCCUCGCAAAGGCGUCAGCCGAUGUAGAUGGACAGAAUACAGGGGGAUUCGGAAUUGAGGGACCAAACGUUGUAGGGUUUUCGUCAGUCCAUGAUUCCGGCACCGGUGGGAAUCCCAGCUUGGGCAACUUUCCGCUGUUCCCACAGGUCUGUCCCGACGACGAGCUCAACAACUGCAAGUUUCGAAUUGGAGACCGGAAGCUUCCUUAUGUCAAUAACUCGCUGGUGGCCCAGCCAGGGCACUUUGGACUCCAGCUAGAAUCUGGUAUCGGGGCCAACAUGACAGUUUCGCAACACGCGGCUCUGUAUCGCUUCACGUUCCCCAAGGGCACGAAACACCCGCUGGUUCUCUUAGAUUUGACGGAUCUGUGGCAGAGCCGGCAGAAUGCCUCGAUUCAGGUCGAUGAAAAGUCGGGCCGCAUGACGGGCAACGGCACAUUUCUCCCCAGCUUCGGCGCCGGGUCUAUACACGAGACGGGCGUAUGGGUCAACAACCGCGCGGGCACCGAACCGAAACAGGUCUUUCUUACGCGAGGCUUCAACUUGUUCUUCCUAGAAGGCGGCGGCUUCGUACGCUUGAACGCACCGAGAGAUGGCGUCGUGACGGUUCGGAUGGGCAUCAGCUACAUCAACAGCGCGCAGGCAUGCCGAAACGCGGAAAGCGAGAUCCCAAGACCGGUGACGGAUUUCGGCCGGCUUGUUGACAAUGCGCAGAAGGCUUGGACUGAGAAGCUGAGUCCCAUUUCUAUCAAGAGCGGCGGUGCAACGGACGACCUUUUGACCAGCUUCUGGAGCGGCGUCUACCGCAACAUGAUUUCACCGCAGAACUAUACGGGAGAGAACCCGCUCUGGCGUAGCGAUAAGCCCUAUUUUGAUUCGUUUUACUGCAUUUGGGAUAGCUUUCGUGUCCAGCACCCUCUGUUGACCAUUCUUGAUCCCCACGCUCAGACGCAGAUGGUGGAAGCUCUACUAGACAUAUACAAGCACGAAGGAUGGAUGCCCGACUGCCGAAUGUCGCUCUGCAAGGGCUGGACCCAAGGAGGUUCCAACGCCGACGUUGUCAUUGCGGAUGCGUUUGUCAAGAAUCUCAGUACAACCAUUGACUGGGAACUUGCCCUAGACGCCGUCCUGGCGGACGCUGAAAACGAGCCACUGGAGUGGUCGUAUCACGGCCGGGGCGGCCUCCACAGCUGGAAGAAUCUCGACUACAUCCCCUAUCUAGACUUUGAUCCGUACGGUUUCGGAACGAACUCUCGAAGUAUUUCCCGCACGCUUGAGUAUGCCUACGACGACUAUUGUAUUUCAGAGCUUGCCAGCGGGCUGGGUAGGGGUGAUUUGCGGCGCAAGUACCAGAAGCGGGCCAUGAACUGGCAGAAUCUGUGGAAAGCUGACCAGACGUCGUUCAUCAACGGGACCGACACUGGGUUCAAGGGCUUCUUUCAGCCCAAGUAUCAGAACGGAACCUGGGGCUUUCAGGACCCGAUUGCGUGCUCUGCGCUUGCGGACUUUUGUUCGUUGACGACGAAUCCGAGCGAGACGUUUGAAGCUAGCAUCUGGCAAUAUCUCUUCUACGUGCCUCACUCCGUCUCUUCCCUCAUUUCCCUCCUCGGUGGCGACGACGCCAUGAUUUCGCGCCUCGACUUCUUCCACACCUCGGGCCUGGCUGACAUUUCCAACGAGCCCGUCUUCUUCACCGUCUUCCUCUACCACUACACGGGCCGGCCCGCCCUCUCGACUGAGCGAAUCCACCAGUACGUCCCCUCGGACUUCAACUCGUCCCCCGGUGGCCUCCCCGGCAACGACGACUCCGGUGCCAUGGGCGCGUUCCUCGUCUUCUCCGUCAUGGGUCUAUUCCCCGUCGCGGGACAAAACGUGUAUCUAAUCUCGCCGCCGUUUGUUGAGGAGAUUAGCAUCAAACACCCCGUGACGGGCAAGACGGCGACUGUGAGGAAUAUCGGGUUUGAUGCCUCAUAUAAGAACAUUUAUGUGCAGAGCGCCAAGGUGAAUGGUAAGCCGUGGACGAAGUCGUGGAUUGGACAUGAGUUUUUCACGGAAGGGUGGACGCUGGAGCUGGUGCUUGGAGCAAAGGAGUCGAGCUGGGGGACGGCAUUGAAAGAUAGACCGCCUAGUUGGACACUGGGUAAUUAG